AUGUCACACCCAGCCGCUAGUGUUAAAUCAAUUUUCAGUGGGAAAAUAAACUUGGAUUCGCCGGACGAUUUCUACAUGGAAGGUGAAGAUUCGACUGGGAAUGGUAGCGAUAUUGAGGAUGACGGUGACAACCAAGGAGAAGAGAGAUAUACAGGGUAUGAAUACGUAGAUGACAUAUCAUCAAAAGACUCAAAUUACAGUGUCACAUCCAAGAACUUAGAAGCAUUCGAUAAUCAACGAAUUAAAUUGAAUGAUACUAAUGGGACUAAUUUGUCCUUGGUAUCUACCGAGUCAGAUUAUCAACAGAAUAUAAUAAGUGAAACUGCAAGUGAACUGCUAGGCCCCGAGUAUUUGGCAAUAGAUACUCCUUCAAGACCGCUAUCUCGGAAUUCAACAACAUCUUGCCUUUCGACUACUGCAACCAAGGAUGGGAUUGAAGGAAGAAGACUUCAUAGGCAUGGACCAACUGCUUAUUCAAGUAAUAUUAUUGCCAAUAUGAUACAUACACAACAAUUACAAAGCAUUGCCAAAUCCAGAUUGGCGAAGGAAAUCAAUGAGAUUUCAUUAGAAGAACCUGGUACCAGUAGUGGAGAUGAAAUCAUGUCUUCUUCUGCGGAUAUUGAUAUUGAUACUAGUCAGUCUAAAAUCCGAAAACAUUUAAAGCAUCACGUUAAGCAUCCGCUUCACCGAGAUCAAGCCGAGCAUAAAGAAGAUAUGAGCAGUGAGAGUGAACCUAAGUAA